CUAAUAAUCACAUGUUGACGAAAGCCCCUACGUUUGCCCGCCCCACACGCUUCCAUCCCUCGGUCAGCCCAACCUAUAUAACUUUCAUUUGCCAUCUAUUUGCAUUCAUUUUCCAAUUUGAGACAAUUCAUAAACCUCUCAAUGGGAAGAAGACCUGCAAGGUGUUACCGCCAAAUCAAGAACAAGCCGUACCCAAAAUCCCGGUUCUGUCGUGGUGUGCCAGAUCCCAAGAUCAGAAUCUAUGAUGUGGGCAUGAAGAAGAAGGGAGUCGAUGAAUUCCCGUUCUGUGUGCACUUGGUCAGUUGGGAGAAGGAAAAUGUGUCGAGUGAGGCCCUCGAAGCUGCUCGUAUUGCUUGCAACAAGUACAUGACCAAGUACGCGGGAAAGGAUACUUUCCACCUGAGGGUGAGAGUCCACCCUUACCAUGUCCUGCGUAUCAACAAGAUGUUGUCGUGUGCCGGAGCUGAUAGGCUCCAGACAGGUAUGAGGGGUGCUUUUGGUAAACCACUGGGUACUUGUGCUCGUGUUGCUAUUGGACAGGUUCUUCUCUCUGUCCGUUGCAAAGAUGCCCACAGCCAACAUGCUCAGGAGGCGCUGCGCCGUGCAAAAUUUAAGUUCCCUGGUCGUCAAAAGAUCAUAGUUAGCAGGAAGUGGGGAUUCACUAAAAUCGACCGAUCUGAUUAUGUGAAGUUGAAAUCAGAGAACAGGAUUCUGCCUGAUGGUGUCAAUGCCAAGCUUCUAGGAUGUCAUGGGCCCUUGGCUGAUCGUCAACCAGGAAGAGCAUUUUUACGGUCGAGCAUAACUGCUUAGAAUACUAGAAGUCGAUCGGAUAUUAUUCAAUAAAUAGUGUUGUAUUAUUAUGUUUAAACUAUGUUAAGAAUUGAUGUUAUACCUAUAUAUAUAAUUGUGACCUCGUAUUUGGUAUGUCUGAUACCUUUUACACUUUGUACCUUAAUAUUGUGGAGCCACUUUGUGCUUUGAUUUGGUCUUGGAAGGAGAUUGUUCUACAUUGUAUCAACAAGUUAUAUUGUUAAAGACUCUCUUCGGAUU